AUGGCUUUUCUUUUUCAUCAACUUUACCAAUUUGCAUCAUGGUUUCUUCUUUUAUUAACUUCCUACAACAUUGCUGAAAGUGGCAAGGUGUUGGUGAUACCACAAGAUGGAAGUCACUGGCUCAGCAUGCGUGCAGUAGCGGAGAAACUUGAUGAGAAAGGGCAUGAAAUAGUAGUGGUUGCUCCAGAGACAAAUUUGCUCUUGAAAGAAUCAGAGCAUUACACAAGGAAAAUAUAUGCUGUGCCUUACACCCAGGAAGAUCUUGACCAGACUUAUAGUAAAUUUGCUAACAGUCUCUUUCGUGAGGUCUCCUUUCCCUACACUAUCCUUGCAGAAUACCGGAACAUUAUGUACCUCGCUAACAUGUAUUUUCACAACUGUGACAGCCUGCUGCAGAACAGAGAAAUCAUACAAUACUUGGAAGAGAAUAAAUUUGAUGCACUCUUCACAGACCCAGCAUUGCCAUGUGGGGUGAUCCUGGCAGAAUAUCUGUCCAUCCCUUCCGUGUACUUCUUUCGUGGUUUUCCAUGCAGUUUAGAGCAUGCAAUCUGUAAAUCUCCAAACCCUGUUUCCUAUGUCCCAAGAUGCUACACUAAACACACAGACCACAUGACUUUUUCCCAGCGAGUGCUGAACCUAUUUGUUAGCACUUUCGAGACACCACUGUUUAAGGAUUUGUAUACCAAAUACCAAGACAUUGCUUCAAAGUUUCUCCAGAGAGAUGUGCACUUACCAACACUUUACAGAAAUGGCUCCAUAUGGCUACUGAGAUACGACUUUGUAUUUGAGUAUCCCAAACCAGUGAUGCCCAACAUGGUCUUCAUCGGAGGCAUAAACUGUGAAGAGGGGAAGAACCUAUCUCAGGUAAACAUCAUUGCCUUAACUUAA